AUGGCGGAGCAUCUUAGCAUCAACACGACGAGUCUGAGCAUACCGGCAGCCAAAGUGAAGUUCUCGAUCAAUCCGGCUGCCGUCAACGAUCUGGAGCUGGGUGAGCAAGUGAUGCUGGGGGCUCGCAGUGUGAUUAAAAACGUGACGAGCGAGUACGGAAUGUACAUCGAUAUGAAAUCGUACUCCACGAUGUAUUCUUACUACGAAAUGGUGGGCAUUACCUUCGACGAAACCAUCAUCAAUCUCAUCACCUCCGCCAUCGCGGUCAUGAUCGUUCUCUUCUGUCUUCUGCCUCCAGGUCCCUCCAUUCUCGCCGUUCUGAACGUGCUUCUCGCCGAUAUUUGCAUUCUGGCGUGGGUUCCGCUGACCGGAUUGAACCUGAACGCCAUCACGUCGACGUGUAUGGUGAUGAGCGUCGGUAUUGCCGUCGAUUUCUCCGCUCACAUCACGCACGCCUUCGUGGAGACGGACGGAUCGCUCUCUGGCAAGGAGCGAGCUGCGAUGGCGGUGACCAAGAUGGGUCGAUCGCUCACGACCUCGGCUUUGACGACGUUUAUGUCCGUUCUGAUGCUCUCGACGGUCACCGUGCCGUCCAAUCGCAUGUUCUUUGUGAUGAUGUCGGGCGUGACGCUCUUCGGUCUGCUGUUUGGAAUGCUGCUGCUCCCGACCGUUCUGUCGUUCUUCAAUCCGGGAUACGAAGCCCCGGUGCCGGUAGUCACGCCGAUCACGCCGCUGAAACCCGGAGAAGAAGCGGAGAGACUGGACAAGAUGCGAAGUCGAGGAGUGCGCCGCCAUCAUCGAAAGCAUCACAGGAAAUCGACCCAAGAAGAAGAAGAAAAAGGAGAAGAAGGAGAAGAAAUGGAGGAGGAGAAGGAGGAAGAGAAGAAGGAGUUGAAGGAGUUGGAGAUGAAGAAUAUGAGUAAGGAGGAGGAGAAGAGUGAAAAGGAGGAAGAGGAGGAGAAGAGUGAAAAGGAGGAAGAGGAGGAGAAGAGUGAAAAGGAGGAAGAGGAAGAGGAAGAGAAGAUGGAAUUGAAAGAGUUGGAAAUGAAGGAAAUGAGCAAAGAGAAGGAGGAGGAGGAAAGAGUGGAAGAAGAGAUUAUGAUCGAAAAGGAAGAGAAAGAGCAGCAGCAGCAGCAGCAGCAGCAGCAGCAGCAGCAGCAGGAAGAAGAAGAAUCACAACUGCAAGUUGAGGAGCAGAAACAAUCCCCGGAGGAAAGUCCUCUCCAAAACGAGCUGAAUAAAAACGAUUCUCUUGAAAACCGAUCGAUCGAUGCGCCCAACGAAGUUCCUGAGAGUGAUCCCUCCACUUCCGAGUCAGAUACCAGUGCAGAAGAAGUCAAACCGAGCCAAGCGAGCGAUGCGCAGCCCGAGCCCAGUGAGGAGCCAACCAGUGAAGUAGCCCAGCCAACCAGUGAAGUAGCCCAGCCGACUAGUGAAACAACCGAAUCGCCCAGAAGUGAAACAACCGAACCGACCAACCAGACCCCGGAUGAAGCCGAACUUCCCGCGUCUACCGAGACUUUGAAGGAAGAAUCUCCUUUGCCCAAAGCUAAUGAAGCCGAGGCUCCAAUCGAUGAAUCGCCCGCUGCUGCUGUAGCUCCCCAGGAAGAUGCAGUGGCGCCUCCCAAAGGAGAAGAAAAAGAGAACCAAGAAUCCCCGCGUGCCGAACCAAAGGAAUAACCCCAUUCUGUAUUUAUAGGAAA